AUGAAGGUGCAUCUUGGUGAGCACAACCUUGGUGUCAGUGAGGGCACAGAGCAAAUCAUCGACGUUGAGAAGAUGAUCGAUCACCCCCAUGUCCACUGGGACUACCUGUACAACAACGACAUCAUGCUGGUAAAGCUCAGCAAACCCGCCACCCUGAACAACUACGUCCGCACCGUGUCCCUGCCCACCAGCUGUGCUGUCGCUGGCACCAAAUGUCUGAUCUCUGGAUGGGCCGAAUGGAGCGUCCCUGAAGGCAGCUACCCUGAUCGUCUGAUGUGCCUGGAUGUCCCCAUCCUGAGUGACACAAGCUGCAACUCCGCCUUCCCUGGACUGAUCAGCUCCAACAUGUUCUGUGCUGAAUCCAUCAAGGAAGGCAGGAAGGAAUCCUGCUUGUAUGACAUCCAAACCCCCCUGGUAUGCAAUGGUCAGCUGCAGGGUUUGAUGUCCUGGGGUGAAGACUGCAUCUGGAAGAACACGCCUGGAGUCUACACCAAGGUCUGCAAAUACAACUCCUGGAUCCGUGAAAUCAUGAUGUCUGAAUAA